CAAUAUACACUGAUUGUAUUAGUAUACCAGACAUUCAGGUGCUGAGAAUUUGUAAUGUUGACAGUGCGAUGGCUCAACCAUAAGGACGAGGUUUGUUUCUUAGCUUUGGACAUUCUGAAACUUGAAAUUGUGAGUUCACUCAGGGAUGACCAAGUUCUGAGAAACCAGUUACACUAACCAAACUUAAAAGGAACUGAUGUAGAAAGCAGGUGUCUCAUGCCUGUCAUCUCAGCAGUUUAGGAGGCCAAGGCGGGACAAUCGCUUGAGCCCAGGAGUUGGAGACCAGCCUGGGCAACGUAGCGAGACCCCAUGUCUGUUCUAGACAACAAAGGUCUGAUCUGUUUUUGCUAUCGCUGUCAUCAUUUCAUAUUGUCGUGAUGCAGCGUCUCCUUUAGAGGACAAGCAGAACAUUCGAGUCUCUUAAAGUGUGUAGUAGAAGACUAGUGUCUGUUUUACUGCUUCCAAAGAGAGUAUUAUUUUGUUUUUGACUCUAGCAUGACCUCCCUUCAUUGCACCUAAUCGCGUCACCCACCUUCUGAGAGCACUAUGCCUUUUUGUUGGUAUUAUCUUUUACCAGCAGAAAACAUUGAUGUGUACCUUUGUGAGAGGUAUCUCUAUGAAGCCCAUGGAGAAGCCUGUUUUCUCUUUGUUUUCUGAUGUUAUUUAUUGGUUUGUUUAUUUUUGAGACAGAUUCUCACUCUGUCACCCAGGCUGGAAUGCAAUGGGGACUCCAGGAUCACAAUCUUUGCUCACUGCAGCCUCGACUUCUGGGCUUCAAGUGAUUCUCAUGCCUCAACCUCCCGAGUGGCUCAGAUUACAGGCAUGUACCACCACACCCGGCUGGAUUUUGUAUUUUUAGUAGAGACUAGUUUUCAUCAUGUCUUGAUCCAUCCACAUCAGCCUCCCAAAGUGCCGGGAUUACAGAUGUGAGCCACCACGUCUGGCCAUGAUGUUAUUUGAGUCUGAGGUUUUAAAAACUUGGCUGUGCGUCAGAAGCACCCCCUGGAACUUUUUGGAGAUGAGGUCUGUCUCAUAGGCUAGAGUGCAGUGGCAUGGUCACAGUUCACUGUAGCGUUGACCUCACCAGCCUCCAGUGAUUCUCCCAUCUCAGCCUCCUGAGCAGCUGGGACUACAGGCAUACACCACCACGUCUGGCUAAUUUUAUUUUUAUUUUUUCUAGAGAUAAUCUCUUGUUAUGUUGCCCAGGUUAAUUGAACUCCAUGGCUCAAGUGAUCCUCCCACUUUGACCUCCCAAAGUGCUGUGAUUACAGACCAUACCCAGCUUCCUGGAACUUUUAAAAAGUGGAGGUCCAGGGCUCAUCACAGACCUUCCAAAUUAGACAGCUGAGGCUGGACCUGGGCAUUGAACGUGUUUCAGAAGUUUGAUAGGUUGUUUCAAUGUAUGACCAAAGUUGGAAUUCAGGGGCAUUUGGAUGAUACUGUAUGCUGUGAUGUUUCUAUACCUACUAUUUUUGUUCUUCCAGAAGUGUUGUUUCUGCGCAGCAGAGCAGACACCCAGAUCACCAGCACAUAUACCCAUUCCUUAAAGAGAGUGGCUGUCUUUGCCUUUAUCAGUGCUUGGGCUGGCUUGACUUAGCCCGGUGCUCCAUACCCUGCAAAUGUUUGGCUGUUUGGAUGAAUGAACAGAAUGCUGUAAGAGAAUGUCAGAACAUAUAUGGUAGAAUGUAAAUUGGAACCCGGAACUAUUAAUUCCCAGACCAUUAUUUUUACUUUUUUUUCUCCCAAGGCAGUGUCUCGCCCUCUUGCCCACGCUAGAGUGCAGUGGUGUGACUUGGCUCACAGCAGCCUCUGCCUCCUGGGUUCAAGCUAUUCUCUGGCUCAGCCUCCUGAGUAGCAGGGAUUACAGGCAUGCACCACCAUACCUGGCUAAUUUUUAUAUUUUAGUAGAGACGGGGUUUCGCCACGUUGACCAUGCUGGUCUUGAACUCCUGACCUUAAGGGAUCCGCCCACCUCAGCCUCCCAAAGUGCUGGGAUUACAGGUAUGAGCCACCAUGCCCAGCCAGUUUUUACUUUUCUUAAACCUUGAAGUGCACCAGUCACCAUGGGAGUUGUCCAUGCUAUCACUGGAGAUUCUGUUUUAGAAUCAUUGAUGGGCUUCCUUCAUCUGUCAUGGAGAAAAUACCUCACCCUGCAGACCUGCUAGAAUUUGAUGACAUGGAACAACUAAGUACCUCGUACAGCCUUGCCGCUUGGGAGAUGCUUGGUAAAUAAUAGUCCUGUUGAUGAGAAACCUGCCUUAAAAGCAACUUCUUGGUCAGCGUGGCUGUGCUGCUUACAGAACUCCUGAGCCUCUCCAUGCAGUACAGAAGGACUAAAGGAUGUGUCCUGUCCCUCCAACUGUGACAGCAGUGGGUAGGGUAAGGCCGUGGGUCCCCCGCCCCCCUGAUUUCUGCUUGGGCAGGCAGAAGAACCCUGGCACAGUCUCAUCUUCCUGGAGUUGUGUUUCCUUGAAUGGUUCCUUCCCUCUUUCCCACGCAUGAUGCAUUCACACGUUGGGAAGAAGGCGUGAAGAUGUGAUCCACAUCUGACUCCUCAGUGCUUUAGUGACUUUGCCGUUAGGCACCUGGGCAGGUAUGAGUGGAGGUGACAGUGGCAUAAUGGCUCUGAUUUUCACCCUGGUUGAGUAGAACAGCAUUCCAGGGGUGAAGCAGGUGGGCGUGGGGCAGAUAGAUGUGAGUCCAGCCCCCUCUUGUAGAGAUACAUGCUCCUUGGCAAGCUGCAAAAUCAGAAUCACGGUAAUGUGUGUUUCACUUAAUCCUCAGGGAGGAUCACUUGGUCACUUGUGAGCUGAGGGAAGAGAAGCCCCUACUCAGUGCUGCUUCCUUCAGGAAUUGUUUCCGAAGUCACCAGAUAAAUGCUGUCUCCUCCCUCUUGUAAACCCUGGCUGAGCCCCUUUUUUAGGGUACUUACUCCAUUCUCUCCUGCAUCGUGGUUACUCACAUCCUGAAUUUAUUUCUCUUGCUGAAAGAAGUGCUUAAAACCCAGCUCUUGGCUGGCUUGUGCCUGGAGAGUUUGGGAUCACGCCUCCACCCUUCAGGACCUUUGCAGCCUGACUUGCCCUGGGCACCGUGCGCAUCCCAGAGCUCCUCAUCAGUAUGCAUGUGGUCCCCUCUACCUGGCGUGUCCCCUCAGGUAGCUGUUAGCACGACUGAGGAUUUUCAGACUAUAACAGUGUUUUAGCACUCAGAAUAACUAACUGCGGCAGCUGCCCACGUCACCGUCACUGUUGGGUGAAUGGAUGCUGAUUUGAAAGAAAGAGUCAUCCUUUAGAAUGUUGAUUUGAAUCGGAAGGGGGUCUUGUUGCUUGGGGUUGGUUCCUUGGGGGCAGCUGUUUGCCCUCACAAUGCUGAACGCACACCCUGGCGCUUGUUUCUCGAGCCCACAGAAAAGCCCGUAGGAGUGCAGUGAUUAGAGGAACCUCAGCUGUUUUGCUGAAUGGCCCUCUUUCAUCAGGAUGUGCUGGGACAAGGGCCUUUUUCAGCCAAAAUAUCAGAGAAAGACAAGAGUUCCACAAGAGCCAUUUACUCUUCGGGUGGGACUCCGGGGAGGAGUCGGCUCCCCAGCUCUCGUGGAAGCACUCGGUAGCCUCCUGGCCUUUCCUGAUCUCCGUAGGGAGCAGAUGGCCAGAGCUCCAAGGGCAGUUGUAGGGGGCGUUAGAGAUAUGAGCACUGCAGCCACGAACUUCUUUUAUUUUACCGACUUCUGCAUCUUCCUUCGGCCAACCCACUACUUCUGCUGUCCAGAGGUUUCCAGCUCAAAUUACUUAAGCGAGAGCUUUUUCAUGGUGAAAGGUGCAGCCCUCUUCUUACAACAGGGAAGCAGCCCUCAAGGCCAGCGGAGUCUUCAACACCCCCACAAGCAUGCAGGUGACCUGCCUCAGCAUCUUCAGGUGAUGAUCAACCUUCUGCGUUGUGAAGACAGAAUCAAGCUGGCUGUGCGCCUGGAGAGCGCCUGGGCAGACCGGGUCCGGUACAUGGUGGUGGUGUACAGCAGCGGGCGCCAGGACACCGAGGAGAAUAUCUUGCUGGGAGUGGACUUUUCUAGUAAGGAAAGUAAAAGCUGCACCAUUGGGAUGGUUCUCAGGCUGUGGAGUGACACAAAAAUCCACCUUGAUGGAGACGGUGGUUUCAGCGUGAGCACAGCAGGAAGGAUGCACAUAUUUAAGCCUGUGUCUGUCCAGGCCAUGUGGUCUGCCCUGCAGGUGCUUCACAAGGCCUGCGAAGUGGCCCGGAGGCACAACUACUUCCCUGGAGGUGUAGCUCUCAUCUGGGCCACCUACUAUGAGAGCUGCAUCAGCUCCGAGCAGAGCUGCAUCAACGAGUGGAAUGCCAUGCAGGACCUGGAGUCCACACGGCCUGACUCCCCCGCGCUGUUUGUGGACAAGCCCACUGAAGGGGAAAGGACUGAGCGCCUCAUCAAAGCCAAGCUCCGAAGCAUCAUGAUGAGCCAGGAUCUAGAAAACGUGACCUCCAAAGAGAUCCGUAAUGAAUUAGAGAAACAGAUGAAUUGUAACUUGAAGGAAUUCAAGGAAUUCAUAGACAAUGAGAUGCUACUUAUCUUGGGACAAAUGGACAAGCCCUCCCUUAUCUUCGAUCAUCUUUAUCUCGUAAGAGGCACGGCCCUGGCAGUAUCUGGUUUGGGAGACAUAAAUCAGACCCUCUUUGUUUGGAGUUUGCAGCAAGUCCAGGGCUCUGAAUGGAAUGCAUCCAAUCUGGAGGAACUGCAGGGCUCAGGGGUUGACUACAUUUUAAAUGUUACCAGAGAAAUCGAUAAUUUUUUUCCUGGCUUAUUUGCGUACCAUAACAUCCGAGUCUACGACGAAGAGACGACAGACCUUCUCGCCCACUGGAACGAAGCGUAUCACUUUAUAAACAAGGCAAAGAGGAACCAUUCCAAGUGCCUGGUGCAUUGCAAGAUGGGCGUGAGUCGCUCGGCUUCUACGGUCAUCGCCUAUGCCAUGAAGGAAUUCGGCUGGCCUUUGGAAAAAGCAUAUAACUAUGUGAAGCAGAAGCGCAGCAUCACGCGCCCCAACGCAGGCUUUAUGAGGCAGCUGUCUGAGUAUGAAGGCAUCUUGGACGCAAGCAAACAGCGGCACAACAAGCUGUGGCGUCAGCAGACAGACAGCAGCUUCCAGCAGCCUGUGGAUAACCCCGCAGGACCCGGCGACUUCCUGCCAGAGACCUCCGAUGGCACCCCGGAAAGCCGGCUACCCUGCUUGGAUGAUGCUGCCCAGCCCGGCUUAGGGCCCCCACUCCCCUGCUGUUUCCGGAGACUCUCAGACCCCCUUCUACCUUCCCCCGAGGAUGAAACUGGUAACUUGGUCCACCUGGAGGAUCCAGAGAGGGAGGCUCUGUUGGAGGAAGCUGCUCCGCUUGCAGAGGUGCACAGGCCAACCAGACAGCCCCAGCGAGGUUCUGGACUCUGUGAGAAGGAUGUGAAGAAGAAACUAGAGUUUGGGAGUCCCAGAGCCCAGAGUGGCUCCUUGCCGCAGGUGGAGGAGAUGGAAAGGGAGGAGGGCCUGGGAGCAGGGAGGUGGGGGCGGCCUCCAACCCAGCUCGAUCAAAACCUGCUCAACCCGGAGAACCUAAAUAACAACAACAGCAAGAGGAGCUAUCCCGACGGCAUGGAGCAUGAUGCUAUAUUUGGGAUCCUUAACAAAGUGAAGCCUUCCUACAAAUCCUGUGCUGACUGCAUGUACCCUGCAGCCGGCGGGGCUCCCGAGGCCUCCAGGGAGCGAUGUGAGGACCCCAGCACUCCUGCCAUCUGCACGCAGCCAGCCUUCCUGCCCCAGGUCACAUCCUCCCCUGUGGCCCACAUGGCUGGCAGGUCCCGUGUUCUGGAGAAGCCGGCCUCUGGCCCAACCGAACCUCUCCCGUUUCUACCACCAGCAGGCUCCACAAGGCCAGACACCAGUGGCCCUGGGGCUGGGGCUGCCCUAGAGCCACAAGCUAGCCUGUUGGAACCUUCCAGAGAGACCCCAAAAAUCCUGCCAAAAUCCCUCCUUUUGAAGAAUUCUCACUGUGAUAAGAACUCUCCCAGCAUGGAAGUGGUGAAGGAAGAAUCGUCACCCAAGAAAGAUACGAAACCAGCCAAGGACCUGAGGCUUCUGUUCAGUAACGAGUCUGAGAAGCCGACAACCAACAGCUACCUGAUGCAGCACCAGGAGUCCAUCAUUCAGCUGCAGAAGGCAGGCCUGGUCCGCAAGCACACCAAAGAACUGGAGCGGCUGAAGGGUGGGCCCGCAGACCCAGCUCCCCCAUCUAGGGACGGCGCUGCCGGCAGGCUAGAGGCCAGCAUCCCAGAGGAGAGCCAGGAUCUAGCCGCACUGCACGAGCUGGGGCCCCUGGUUAUGCCUGGCCACGCCGGGAGUGAUGAGAAGUCAGAAGCCGCCCCUGCCUCAUUGGAAGGAGGCUCACUGAAGAGCCCCCCUCCUUUCCUCUACCGCCUGGACCACACCAGUAGUUUCUCAAAAGACUUUCUGAAGACCAUCUGCUACACCCCCACCUCCUCGUCCAUGAGCUCCAACCUGACCCGGAGCUCUAGCAGUGACAGCAUCCACAGCGUCCGUGGGAAGCCCGGGCUGGUGAAGCAACGGACACAGGAGAUAGAGACCCGGCUUCGGCUGGCGGGCCUCACUGUCUCCUCCCCACUGAAGCGCUCACACUCUCUUGCCAAACUCGCAAGUCUCAACUUUUCGACAGAAGACCUGUCCAGCGAGGCUGACCCAUCCACCGUCACUGACUCCCAGGACGCCACAUUGAGUGAAUCUUCCUUCUUGCAUGAGCCCCAGGCAAACCCGAGGGACCCAACUACAACCUCCAAACCAUCAGGGAAACUUGCCCCAGAAAACUUGAAGAGCCCCUCGUGGAUGAGCAAAAGCUGACCCGCCUUUUGCUGCGUUGGGCCAGGCAGAUACUUUCACACGAUCUCUCCCUCACUUUCACUGUGUAUUUUGAUCAACCCUUUACAUCUUGAUUUCCCUUAAAUGAUUGAAGUCAUCCUGACUUUUCCCCCACUCUUGCCACAGAGAGGAGGAGAAGAUACCAACCAACAUGCAGCACAAGAAGGGGAGCUGUCAGUCAUGUGGCCUGGGAGAACUAAGACCUGUGGCCAGGAGACACACAACUCCACUCCUACUGUGUCUUCAAGAAUAACCGUGUUUUAGAAAGAACGUGCACACACAGGCGCACACAUCCAGACUGUUCCAUUUGCAGCCUGCAGAAGAAGAGUCCUGGGGACGGCAGCAUCACCGCGGCACACACUCUAACUCAUUCUGGGCCUCGCAGAAAACUCGGAUGGCAACAUGAAGUCCUACCUCUGUUCUCGCUGUGCUUGUUAUUUUUAAAACACAAGAAUGACCAAGGCUUGUUCCAGGGAAUCCUGCUGUGUCUGAAAGCAUUUUUCAAAAAAAAAAAAAACAAAAACGAAUUUUUUGUUUUGUUUUUUGAUUGGGACUCCAGACGCGUCAAGAUUUUUAACCCGACGGCCCCAAGCACUGCUGGGUGAAGUCAUCAGAUGGGUAGUCCCAUGCUGUUGUUGCGCCAACUCUGUGCCCGAAUGGCGGUGCAGACUGUCCUGGUUGUGUUGCUACAGCUGAGUGAUGUGUUUGACCAGCACAGGGGUCCAGUGAGGAAAAUGUGUGGGUUGUUCUCAGUUAUCGCUAAUGCUGUAGUUUAAAUCUCGAGGGGAAGGACCCGCCUGCAUUGUUGAGCCUCUGCUGCAGAAACUCAUGGUUGUGUUUAGGUUUGAAGUUGCUCAAGUGUCUGGCGCAGGUGGUGGUUCUGAGACACAAAUCAUCCCGCUGGGAGCCUGGAUGCUCAGGUUCACUAGGGCCCAUCUAGGGGAGGGAAAGGAGAUUUCAGCAGCUUCCCCAGAAGGAACAGAACUGUCGGGACACUUCCCGGAUGUUUACAGUUGCCCCUUCCUGCAGUGAGAUUACUGCUUCCUGUUGUCCUCCAGCUCUUCCCAGCAGCCAUGAUGAAGUAAAAGAGGUAUCUAGUCGCUGCCUCUGUGGGUGGCCCCUUUAAGACUCAGGUGAACUCCGGGAGUCCUGCUGCCCCAGGCGUGAAUCAAAGGUGUCAGCAAGCUAGAUGUCAACACAUUUUGAGAGAGAAGCAGCUUAUAGAAAGCCAGAAAGGUUGAAUUCAGGGGUCAGCAAACUAUGGCAUACGGCCCUGUGAGCUAGGAAUGGCUUUUCCUUUUUCCUUUUAGACAGCGCCGCCCAGCUCUGUCAGUGCCUGGCUCUGUCACCCAGGCUGGAGUACAGUAGUGCAAUCAUGACUCACUGCAGCCUCAGCCUCCCUGGUGUAAGCAAUAGCUUUUAUAUUUUUAAGGAGUUGUUAAAAAAAGAAAUAAUAUAUGACAGAAUUCACAUGGCCCACAAAGCCUGAGAUAUUUACUGUCAGGAUUUGUAUAGAAAAAGUUGCUGACUCCUGGUUUGAUUUGCCACACAGGGCUGCCCAUGGCCUUGUAGGAAGAAACUGGGUACAUUUGAAGCCCUCUGCCUCAGACACCUAAAGUCAGACCCUUCGCUCCUCCUGACCACAAGCUUUGUCAGCCUCCCACGGGAGUAGUUGCAUGCAUGGAGGAAGGCAGAGGAACACAGUUGGGCUGAAGCUCUUCCGCAAUUCCAUCUUGCCCUCAGCUGGUCCACCAGAUUAGCUAGUGAAACCAGAAAGCCUCAAGGGCCAGCCAAAUUCUGAGAGUCGGUGAGUGGGCCUUCAUCUUACCUUGGUCAGAACCGUGCUCUCCAAAGCUAUUCUAGAAAGCACCACAGGUGAGGUCUUCAAAAACAAGGCUAGUUCAUAUUUCACCUAAUGGGUAGAGUUUUUGCAAAAAUCCUCUCUCCAGGACUUUGUCUCCUUGGAGUGAUUUUUAAAAAUACAUAUAUUACUUUAUAGGAAGCUGUUUUCCCACUAGUGUCAAUUAAAAUCACCUUAAAAGGUGAUUAUCCAGUUAUUCCUGAAACCCUGUGGGUUCCCCCCUCCCCCUCAGCCAACAAAAGCAUAGCCUCAAAAAAUAUCAAGUUCAGUAUGUUUUGCCAAAUCAAAUUUCAUGUGGUAGAUCAAUUUUUGUGUAAAAAUAAUCUUUUAAAUUUAGUGAUGACAGGCUUACGUUGGUUUUUUAACCACGUCUAUGUAUGAGAGUGAUAUAUUUUUGAAAACUUUAAUUUUGAAAGCCAUAAUUUUUCUUACCUAGUUAAAGAGUUGAGGGGGUGUGGAAUGGGGAGACUGCAAGUGGGUCUUUGGCUUCUGGAAAAUGUAUCCAUUCAUUUUCAGCACAGCUAGCAUAUCAGCAUCCACACAGGAGCAGUGGUCCCCAUCAUCAGAGCAGAGUGAAGCAUUCUUGACUUAAUGCUUAAUACUCUGGCCUGGAGAAAAGAUUUUUUUUUGGAAAGCCAGAUCAGUGGCAUGUAAACAUAUGGCAUGUGGCUAUUUAAAAUGCUAUAUGAUUGGACAGGGCGUGGUGGCUCACACCUAUAAUCCCAGCCCUUUGGGAGGCCCAGGUGGGCGGAUCAUCUGAUGUCAGGAGGUCUAGACCAACCUAGCCAACAUGGCGAUAACCCAUCUCUACUAAAAAUACAAAAACUUAGCUGGAUAUGGUAGUGCGUAUCUGUAAUCCCAGUUACUUGGGAGGCUGAGGUGGGAGAAUCACUUGAACCUAGGCAGCAGAGAUUACAAUGAGCCAAGAUAAAGUCACUGCACUCCAGCCUGGGUGACAGAGUGAAACUCUGUCUCAAAAAAUAAUAAAAUAACAUAAAAUGCUAUAUGAACAAGAUAAACAUUCUGCCAGGCUUUGGGGCACCUGGGCAAAGACAAAUUCAUACUGGUCUCUGAAAAGAAAGUUUGCACUGUAACGUGCCAUAGCUUGGCUCUUGCUUUGUAUGCAACCUUAGCUGAUGGGGAAAAUUCUAAACAUAAGUGGCACAGGAAAGAGGCAGGCGGAGGCAGGGAUUUAUGCUGUGCAAAUCACUGAUCUUUUAUGACUAUCAUUUUCAUUGAAUGCUUUUGUUCAAUUGGGACAAAAGGAACAUUUUUUAGAUGAGCUUGAUACUCUGUAUAAACAGCUGAAUCUUAUCUUCUGCCUCACGUUAAUUCAUAUGGCAUGCCAAAAGUUAGACUGAACUUUUCUACAUCUUCAUCUUGCAUUGAUACAGGGAAGUCUUAACUCUUAUUUUGUUAAGUAUCAGGGGAAUAGUGGUCACAGAAAGAGGAGAACCAGGCUGUUCUCUGAUGGUAAUUGACGACGCUGAUUUCCAUUUCUUUGCCUUGUGGCUACUUCCAGUCUUCUAGCAAGGUCCCUGGUUGUGCAUUUCCUAAGAACAAAUUUUAUUUCUCUUUACAUUCCCGGCUUCCUUACUCUCCAUGCAGGGACUGCUGCCAACCUCUGAGCUGUUGAAUAGCUCACUGCUGGGUGGCAAGCCCUUCUCCUUGGCACCCUGUUGCUUAAGCAUGCAGAUUGCUCACCAGGUGCACACAGACAGCUGCACUGUCCAAGCCCCGUUCUACUCCACCCUGCCCUCUUCAGCUAAAGAGCAUUCUGGUCAGUCUAAAGCCCUUUCCCCUUGGAUAAGUCCAGAGGAUGCCGCAGUAUGGAGCCGAGCUUGAACUAACAGACCCUCAGCACGGCCCUGAACGAAUGUACUUUUAUCUCAGGGCAGCCCAUUCUAGAAGGUUGAUGAAUUUCCUCCCACUCUCCUGGGGACCUUUUCUCCCUAAUAAGAACAAAUGCUACAUAAUUUAGUCAAGAUCUUAUUAAGUCACCUCACCUGAGGCAUCUGGAGACGGACUUGCCUUCCAUUGGUGGGAAAUUGUUGGUGCCAGAAUAAGUUUUGCUCAACUCUUCUCAUUGGCUGGCCACCUAGCAGGGCUCCUCUAAACACGCAGUCAGCGAGGGUACCCCCUUCACCUCUGGCAAGAGAGCUGGGUAGAUCAAAAACUUGGUGACAUCUGGGCAGUACUUGUCUUGGUCCCCCUACCCAGAUUUCUACCCAGGUCCCACAUUGCAGGCCAAAUGAAGGUUGUUGAGUUACCUAUGGAAAGACCCAGCCCCUUGUUUUCUUAGCGUCUGCUCUGCAGUGAAAUGCCCGUGUGUUUGAGUUCACUCUGCAUCCUAUAUAUUUGAGUCUGGAAACCAAGUCAAAUGAUCAUGUGCAUCCAGACACACUGUGUCACCUGAGCCACAGAGCAAAUCACCUUCACGAUCUGGAAUGAUACUGUGACCAGUGCUGCCCUGGGUGGCUCUGGAGAGACUGCUUUCUUGUUUGGCCGUAGUUGCUGGGGCCCUGGCUUCGGUCACUAUCAGACAGGAGUCCUGAUAAGCAGAUCACCAGUCCUCCACUGUCCUUCCUGUCGGCCUUGCUGCAUGAGAAGAUAGCUGCUUCCUCCCUGUUUUCCUACACGGUAAUUAUUGUUUUACAAUUGAGUGCCUUAAUAAUAGUUUACAAAUACUAUGUAUUUAUGCAAAACUGUUAAAGUGUCAUCUGUUGUGAUCGGAUACUUUGUCAGUAGUGGUCGGUAUUGGGAUGUAAGCUUGUCCUACUCCAUACGUGUUUAUUCUGCUAUGCAGUUUUACAUUGUGUGUUCACAUCUAUUCCAAGGAGCCUUGCUAGAAACAGCUCUGGGAGUUCCUGCAGGCCAGGCAGGCAUUGGCUGAUGCUGCGUCCCAUAGGAGCCAAUGAAAGAAAGUAGCUGGAUCCACUAGCCAGCUGUGGGGUGGUGCAGGCCAGCUGGCCUCUGCACCAGAGCCCAGCACCCGCCCGUUCCCCAGUCACACAAUUGUACUCUUCUUUCUUCGAGAUUUUAUUUCCACCUAGGCCACCCUAGUUUUCCUCUCUGUUACUGUCCUGAGCUCUUUUGCAACAAAAUGUAGGUACAGACCAGUCCCUGCCCCCUCCCCCAAUCGGGAGCUCCACACGAUGAGUUGUUUGGUUUUUCAGAAGCUGCCAGUGGGUUCCCGUGUAUUGCGUUACGAUAUCAAUGAUUUUUUAUUGGUUUUCUUGUUUUUUAAUAAUAUAUUUAAAAGGCAGUAUCUUUUGUACUGUGAAUUUGCAGUAGAAGAUGCAGAAUGCACUUUUUUUUUUACUUUUGUUGGUAUGUGUUGUAUAUAGUGGUGUGCUUCUUGUGAUGAAAAUAAACUUUUUCUUUAUAAAUA